UGUGUGACUUUAUUAGUUCAAUGAUUAGCCUUUAAACAUUUUACUGUUUCAGAUGAGACACUGAAAUGACUCCUGGCUUCACUUUAGUGAAAUAAUUAUUGUGCGUAAAAUAGCUUUAGCCGAGAAGCUAGUUAGAUGAGUGGACUGAGUAGCUAACGACUAACUAACGAGUUACAAACUAAAUGGUUUAUAGUUUAAAUAGUUGACUGUCUGUGUAUCACUCGCGUUCAGAUGUGUAGUAGUUUAUCUGCAUGUUAACGGAAACACAACUAGUGUCUGAAAACUCAAACGUGAGCUACAUUCAAUAUAAAGCGAGGUUUUAGAGUUCAGCUUGAUGCUAACUGGUUAGCUAACUUGCGGUGUUAGCUAAACAGUUAGCGUUAGGCGACUUAAAAUGGAGUUUAAUGUUUGUCAGACGAGAACUAACAUUAAACUGUGAGUUGUGUGUGUGCCAGUCCUCCGUCAGUGAGUGGACAGUGUGUGUGUGGACAGUGUGUGUGUGGACAGUGUGUGUGUGUGGACAGUGUCUGAUCCCUGGCUAACUCUCAUCACCGUUAGCUACUAUUUACCAGACGUUGCUAGCCCAAUGCUAACAUCUGAAGAGUCGUUAUCAAGCUACUUUGUUUGUAACUGUCGCGACUUCUCAAACUUAACGUCACAUUUACAUCCAACUUCAUUCCCCCGUUAAUACCGGAGACUUCCACCGAGCAUUUAAACGGUGUUACGGUCCCUGUGAUUGUGAAACUAAUAGCCACACCCUUCCUUUCGAAAGCAACUGCGAUACAAGUCACGACAGGCCAGUUUCCUGAACAGUUUGGUGCAGCCUGGUUUUUCUGGCUCCCGCCGACAGUCGGCACCUGCCCGCUGACAUCGGUGUACCUGAGGAUCUGCUGGAGCCCCCUCCCCAGAUGUAGAGGGAGUUGUCGUGUACACAACUCUUGUGCUGACCAGUGACGUCGUCCACCAUGCGUGAGUACAAGCUCGUGGUUCUGGGAUCGGGAGGCGUCGGGAAGUCUGCUCUGACAGUCCAAUUUGUGCAAGGCAUAUUUGUGGAGAAGUACGACCCCACAAUAGAAGACUCGUACAGAAAGCAAGUGGAGGUGGACGGGCAGCAGUGCAUGCUGGAGAUCCUGGACACGGCUGGAACAGAGCAGUUCACGGCGAUGAGGGAUCUGUACAUGAAGAACGGUCAGGGCUUUGCUCUGGUUUACUCCAUCACAGCACAGUCGACCUUCAACGACCUGCAGGACCUCCGGGAGCAGAUCCUGCGAGUGAAGGACACCGAGGACGUUCCAAUGAUCCUGGUGGGAAACAAAUGUGACCUGGAGGACGAGCGUGUGGUGGGCAAGGAGCAGGGUCAGAACCUGGCCCGCCAGUGGAGCAACUGUGCCUUUUUAGAGACUUCAGCGAAAUCAAAGAUCAAUGUUAAUGAGAUUUUCUAUGAUCUGGUGAGACAGAUCAACAGGAAAACACCGAUGGAGAAGAAGAAGACAAAAAAGAAGUCCAAUUGCACGCUGCUCUAAAGACGGCGCCUGCAGCUCCAGCAUCGUGUAAUGAAGUGUUUCCAGAGGAUCGAGCUGCGUUCAAGUCUCCAGAGAAACUUCUGCUUUUAAUAGUGAAGAAAUCCACAUUUGUUUUGUAUCGUCGGCCUGACAACCGUUUGUUUUUAUUAGUGUUCUCCUCCACGGUGUCUUUCUGAGACCACGGGUUUAAAUCCAGUUAUUGCAACUAAAAUGUUUUUAUUAAAUAACAUCGUUUUGUGACGUUUGCAAGAAGAAACGUGUGAAAUGUUCUCGUACGUUUGUGCACUAACCGUGUGCACAGAUGCAUCAUGGUCCAGAAGUUGCUCGCUCCUGCUGACGGGGAUGUGCGUCGAUAACAUCUUUCCUAAGUGACUUUGUUUGUUAUUGAGCUGCAAGCCUUCCAUAUUUCCCAUAAUAUAUUCUACUUCCAUUUUUGCAUAAUAAAGCUAAGGAGCUUAGUGUCUUACAGACUGAAGGGACGUCGUGCUGAACAUGUGUUGAACUCACGACGUUGCUUCAGAUCGUUUUACAGCUUUUAUGAAUGAUUAAAUUUUAGUACAUUUUCAUUA